UUUCUCUUCACAUUUCUCUCCAUCAAAAAGUGAAAGAAACCACAAAACAAGCAACAAUGGAAGCAAAGAUUGGGAAAUUCUUCGAGUCGGUCGGAACCUUCUUCUCCGGCAGCGACCAGAUCCCCUGGUGCGAUCGCGACGUUAUCGCCGGCUGUGAAAGAGAGGUUGCUGAGGCUCAAAACGGCUCAUCUGAUGAGUUAGUGAAAGAAUGCAUCAUGCGUCUGUCGUGGGCGCUUGUUCACUCGAGACAGCCAGAAGACGUACAGCGGGGGAUAGCAAUGCUUGAAGCCUCUGUGACUGAUAGCAACAACAGCCCUCUUCAGCUAAGAGAAAAGCUUUAUCUUCUAGCUGUUGGGCAUUACAGAAGUGGAGACUAUUCAAGGAGUAGAGAACUUGUUGAACAGUGCUUAAUGAUUGCACCUGAUUGGAGACAGGCACUGACCCUUAAAAAGGCAAUUGAAGACCGGAUCACAAGGGAUGGUGUGAUUGGCGUUGGCAUCGCUGCAACUGCUGUUGGAUUGAUUGCCGGUGGUAUCGCUGCUGCUGUGUCAAAGAAAAAGUGACAUGGCCCUUGUGCUCUAAUGUAUUUCAGGAAAAUGUAUGAGAUGGGUCGUUGAACAUGCUUGAACCUAGGAACCAAGUGAUCAUAUAUGCGCUAAAGCAUAGAUUAGUAGAACCGUUCUACCUGUUUAGCUUUUAGCGUCAUUUUGGUAUUCGAACUUGUUGUAAAGCAAAGAUUAAUAGAAACGUUCUUCCUGUUUUUUAUUCUGUUA